ACGAACUGAUUCGAGAAGUUUCACCUCGGUCUGGUUGGAGCACUGCAGACCGACGAUGGGGGCGAAUUUUUGGGGUACAGGCUCCCACAAAAACAACUAAUCGGCAGGCCGGGAGAGGGGAGGGGAAGGGUUACGCACGGACCGACGCACGGGGAGCCCACCUGACGUCAGACGCCGCGUUGGCUCCUAAAGAAAGUUUUUUUUUUUGUUGUUGUUAGAAAGUUUUGAGAUUUUUUUUUCUCUCCUUCGUAAAUCUAAAAAAUAAGUUAUAUAAAUAUACAUAACGUCGGGUCAAGGCGUGUGUUCCGAUCGCUUGCAAAGCGGUGGAAAAUGGCGGAAACGAAGAUAAUAUAUCACAUUGAUGAGGAAGAAACGCCUUAUCUGGUGAAAAUUCCGAUCCCAGCCGAGAACAUUACUUUACUGGAUUUUAAACAAGUUUUAAACAAGCCGAACUACAAGUUUUUUUUCAAGUCCAUGGACCAGGAUUUUGGAGUUGUGAAGGAAGAGAUUUCUGACGACCGCACCAAGCUUCCCUGCUUCAACGGGAGAGUCGUAUCCUGGCUGGUUUCCUCGGACAGCCCCUGUGCAGAAGCUGUGGCCCCUCCAGUAGAGAUCAGAGCGGACCCCUCUCCGCCCCCUCCCCCGCUGCCGCCCCCCCCUGCGGAGCGUACUGUGGGGAUUGGAGACUCCAGACCCCCCUCUUUCCAUCCGAAUGUCGCGGGCAGCCAGGAGAAUCUCGAUGACCAGACGGAAACCGAAUCGGUGGUCUCGUCUCGGCGAGAGAGACCACGCAGGAGGGAGAGCCACGAGCAGCACGGGGGUCCUCGGCUGAACGGGCAGAGCAGGUUAGAGCGCCAUCUAGCUGGCUAUGAGAGUGCGAGCACGGUGAUGAGCAGCGAGAUCGAGACCACCAGCUUCUGUGACUCCGACGAGGACGACACCAUGAGCAGGUUCAGCAGCUCCACGGAGCAGAGCAGCGCCUCCAGACUGCUGAAGAGACAUCGGCGCCGCAGGAAGCAGAGACCCCCGAGACUGGAGAGGACCUCUUCCUUCAGCAGUGUCACAGAUUCCACCAUGUCCCUGAACAUCAUCACAGUCACGCUCAACAUGGAGAAGUACAACUUCCUGGGGAUCAGCAUCGUGGGGCAGAGCAACGAGCGGGGCGACGGAGGGAUCUACAUCGGAUCCAUCAUGAAGGGGGGGGCCGUUGCCGCGGACGGGCGGAUCGAACCCGGGGACAUGCUGCUGCAGGUGAACGACAUUAAUUUUGAGAACAUGAGUAACGAUGACGCGGUCCGAGUCUUGAGGGAAAUCGUCCACAAGCCCGGGCCAAUCAUCCUAACAGUGGCCAAGUGCUGGGACCCGUCUCCCCAGGGCUACUUCACCCUGCCCAGGAACGAGCCGAUCCGCCCCAUCGACCCGGCUGCCUGGGUGUCUCAUUCAGUGGCUCUGACCGGAGCUUACCCUCCCUACCCUGGGAGCUCCUCCCUCAGCACCAUCACCUCCAGCAGCUCCAUGACAGAGACUGAACGCCUCUCGGAAUACAAACUAGGGUGUCCGGCUGUAACAAAAUGUUUUGACGACUUCAACCUCUCUCUCCACUCGGACAUGGCCUCCGUUGCCAAGGCGAUGGCCUCCCCAGAGUCUGGGUUGGAGGUUCGAGACAGGAUGUGGCUGAAGAUCACCAUUCCAAACGCUUUCCUGGGCUCUGACGUGGUCGAGUGGCUGUAUCACCACGUGGAUGGUUUCCAGGACCGUCGGGAGUCGCGCAAGUACGCCAGCAACCUCCUGAAGGCCGGCUUCAUCCGGCACACCGUCAACAAGAUCACCUUCUCUGAGCAGUGCUACUACAUCUUCGGAGAUUUCAGCGACUGUGAGAACUACAUGGCCAACCUGUCUCUGAAUGAUAACGACGGCUCCAGUGGUGCUUCAGACCAGGACACGCUGGCCCCCCUCCCCCUCCCCGGAGCCACCCCCUGGCCCAUGAUGCACACCUUCCCCUACCAGUACCCCCACCCCUACUCCAGCCAGCCCCCUCCCUACCACGAGCUCGCCAGCUACAGCUAUGGACCAGGCAGCACUGGGAGCCAGCACAGCGAAGGAAGUCGCAGCAGUGGCUCGACGCGCAGCGAGGGGGAGCGGAGGCGCGGGGGGAAGGGCAGCGGGCGGGACGAGAAGUCUGGAGGCGGGGCCGGGGCCGACUCGCGCUCCGGCAGCGGGAGCGAAUCAGAAUACUCGACUCGGAGCAGCCUGCGGAGAGACCACGCCUCCGUGGCAGGAAGCGAACACUCCCACCACUCCCACCACACUCAGCGUUCCCACCUCUCCCAGCACUCCCAGCGUUCCCACCUCUCCUACGGGCCUCCGGGGAUCCCUCUGUCCUACAACCCCAUGAUGGUCAUGAUGCUGCCCCAGCCUCACCCCCCUCCUCAUCCCCACCCCGGCAUGCUGCCCCCAGCUUCAGGAGGUCCUCCGGGGGCUCCCCCUGUCCGGGACCUGGCCUCUGUCCCUCCAGAGCUCACAGCCAGCCGGCAGUCCUUCCACUUAGCCAUGGGCAACCCCAGCGAGUUCUUCGUGGAUGUCAUGUGAGCAGGGGGCUGAUCAGCACGGCUACCGAUUUUGAACUUUCUUAAAGAGUACGAAAAAUAUAUCCAAGUGGCGUUAAUUAUUUUUACGUGGUUACGUCCGUAAUUAUUGAACGUUGAAAAUUCAAUGACAAACCACUAGAAGACAUCGAGACUCCCGUUUGUCGUUGAAUUUAUGAAGUUUUGAGUGUUAGACUGUAAUGCACAAGGGUUUCAGGCUAAUGCCGGCAAACGUUUUCAGAAAACCUACGAUGAAGGCGUUAGCCAAAACCGUUCUACCUUUUUUAGAUGAGUAGAUUCGUUGUAAAAUGACAGGAAAAUAUGUUGUCGUUCUAGUUACUGCCAAAAUAAAUUUAGCCCCGCGAUACAAGAUAGAUUUAAAUGGUUUUUGUAUCAAAUAGAACUACUUUUAAAAAAAAAUUUGAAAAAAAAUGUCAUAAUUCCAGUUGCACUGAAAAUUUCUUAGUUUGGUGUUUGUUUGUUUUUUUCUUCUGCAGUUCCCUGACUUGUAAAAUAAAUAAAAUUCUAAAAUAUAGCUGUUCAGUUCUAGAAUAGCAAGUCACUUUGAUAGGUGAGUUUUAGGUGCUUUUGACUAAGAGUUCAGGAGCCACUUUUAUUACCAGCCUGAUACAUGUAAUAUAGGUUAGAUCGGCCAGUGCAAUGCAGAUUUCAAGUUAGCUAUAACAUUUUAGAAGUAAAUUGAAAUCCGCAACUGUUUAAGAGCUGAAAACAAUUAAAAAGGUCUAAUUAAGCAAAUGAUCUGUUCAAUUUUAAGGGUCUAGUUAAGUAACCAGUGAUCUAGCACACUGCGAAUUUAUCACCAGCAAAACAAAAGGAAGUUGAUCCAAAGUGGCAGACCACCAGAUGGCGCUGUCCCUUACUUCUGUAAAGACUCCCGACUUAUCUAGCCUGUGUUACUUACAUCUAUGACAGACAACUAGGACUGAAGAGCAGCGCCUGAACUCAGUCAAAGCACCUUGACACGCAAAAAAUGUAAUACGAACCACACAGUUUACUGAAGUACAUAAAAAAAUAUACAGUGUAACAACAAAAACAGUCCCGUCCUGCAACAAACGCUGUCAUUUCAGAAAGCACUGGUUCCUGUUCAUUUCAGUAGUAGAAAAAUUCUACAUUAUCAAACGUUACCAAAAAACGAAAUGAUGUUUUGAAAUAUGUUAAUAAUGUGCCGAAUCAUAUUGUAGAACCAUGAAAUGGGGGCGCCAUCUGCAUCAUUUGAAGCGUGUUCCCAGAACAGUAACCCUUUGUGAAAUUUCCCUGUAAAAUACCUCUGGAAUUGUAACACACACAUUGCAUUGUGGUUGUCUGUAAGUGUUUUUUUGUUUUUCUAGGUAGGGACAUCUACUACAGAUAUUAAUAAUAUGAGACUCUGAGGUACUCUAUUGCCUGACGUUCGUGCCACAUCAUGAAGGGAGGGGAAUUUAAUGUAUUAAUAAUAAUUUUGAAGCCGAGACUGACAAUUGUCAGUGCGAUCCGUCAGUUUUAACCAAACAUUAAGGUGCUAAUGAAGAUUUUUGUCUAAGUACUGCCAUGUUUGUAUGUCUUUUUUAAUAAAUUUGUACUGGGCCCAAA